AUGGCAUUCGAAAUUUACAUCCCUUCGUCACUCACGUUCCAAGACUACAUUGGAAUUACCCAGUGUGCCCGAACGCUCGCCGAUGGCUACGAUCGAAAGGACAAAUCUCGCGUGAGGGCCUCUCUAGCGCCCAACAUUAUCGUCGACUAUAGCAAAGUUGUACCAGAGUGGGGUCGCAAAGCAUUUACCGCGGAUGUAUUUGUCGAGGAGUGGCUGGGACCGACACACCUCGGAGUUAAGGCACUAGCAACACAGCAUCUACUCGGCGCACCCUACUUCAAAUCUGUUACCUCGGAGAAGAUCGUGGUGGAGUGGCAGCAAUUAGCGAGCCAUGGAAGACGAGUCCAGGGCGAGGAUUUCGCGCACCCGAUGUGCAAGAUUGACGAGAUCUCGGAUGGGAGGAGUUGGAUGCAACAGAUCUUUGUGAAGGUGGAUGGGCAGUGGCGUAUUUCUGAGAUUCGACCCGAGGUUCUUUAUCAUACCGGUGAUUUCUUGAAGGUCGGACGACCGGAUGAGGAGAGUGUUUGA